CUGCAGGGGGCUGUUCUCAGCAAAGGAUAUGUGUGUAGCCCAUCACUGGUCUGUGUGUAGAGGUGAGGAAGACUCUGGGCAAGAUGACUCAACCGUUAAACUUCUCUGCUGUUGAGAGAAUGCUCUUCAUUGGCUCUGCAGGGCAAACCUUUCUCAGCUCUGAGCGGUCUUUGCAAGUGGGGCCAAGGAGCCACCUUGAACCAAAAAAAGAGCAUUAUGUCACCGGAAGCCCAAGCCCAGAGAAUACAAGGACCUCAGAAGCCAUGUCGAAGCACCACACCGAUGUCGGGACUGCCUUCAUUCAGACCCAGCAGCUGCACGCAGCCAUGGCUGACACAUUCCUGGAGCACAUGUGCCGUCUGGACAUCGACUCACCACCCAUCACAGCCCGGAACACUGGCAUCAUCUGUACCAUCGGCCCAGCCUCCCGAUCAGUGGAGAUGUUGAAGGAGAUGAUUAAGUCAGGCAUGAAUGUGGCUCGUCUGAACUUCUCCCAUGGAACUCACGAGUAUCAUGCAGAGACCAUCAAGAACGUGCGCACAGCCACAGAAAGCUUUGCUUCUGACCCCAUUCUAUACCGGCCCGUUGCUGUGGCCCUGGACACCAAAGGACCUGAGAUCCGCACUGGGCUCAUCAAGGGCAGCGGCACUGCGGAGGUGGAGCUGAAGAAGGGAGCCACUCUCAAGAUCACCCUGGAUAAUGCCUACAUGGAAAAGUGUGAUGAAAACGUCCUUUGGCUGGAUUACAAGAACAUUUGCAAGGUGGUGGAAGUAGGCAGCAAGAUCUAUGUGGAUGACGGACUUAUUUCUCUGCAGGUGAAGGAAAAAGGUGCUGACUUCCUGGUGACAGAGGUCGAGAAUGGGGGCUCCUUGGGCAGCAAAAAGGGUGUGAACCUUCCUGGGGCUGCUGUGGACCUGCCUGCUGUGUCGGAAAAGGACAUCCAGGAUCUGAAGUUUGGGGUGGAGCAAGAUGUAGAUAUGGUGUUUGCAUCUUUCAUCCGCAAGGCAUCUGAUGUCCAUGAAGUCAGGAAGGUCCUGGGAGAGAAAGGGAAGAACAUCAAGAUCAUCAGCAAAAUUGAGAAUCAUGAGGGAGUUCGGAGGUUUGAUGAGAUUCUGGAAGCCAGUGAUGGGAUCAUGGUGGCUCGUGGUGAUCUAGGCAUUGAGAUUCCUGCAGAGAAGGUCUUCCUUGCUCAGAAGAUGAUGAUUGGGAGAUGCAACCGAGUUGGGAAGCCUGUCAUCUGUGCCACACAGAUGCUGGAGAGCAUGAUCAAAAAGCCUCGUCCCACCCGGGCUGAGGGCAGUGAUGUAGCCAAUGCAGUCUUGGAUGGAGCUGACUGUAUUAUGCUAUCUGGAGAGACAGCUAAAGGGGACUACCCCCUGGAGGCUGUUCGCAUGCAGCACCUGAUAGCUCGUGAGGCUGAGGCAGCCAUGUUCCACCGCAAGCUGUUUGAAGAACUUGUGCGGGCCUCAAGUCACUCCACAGACCUCAUGGAAGCCAUGGCCAUGGGCAGCGUGGAGGCUUCUUAUAAGUGUUUAGCGGCAGCUUUGAUAGUUCUGACGGAGUCUGGCAGGUCUGCUCACCAGGUGGCCAGAUACCGCCCCCGUGCUCCCAUCAUUGCUGUGACCCGGAAUCACCAGACAGCUCGCCAGGCCCAUCUGUACCGUGGCAUCUUCCCUGUGGUGUGUAAGGACCCAGUGCAGGAUGCCUGGGCUGAAGACGUGGACCUCCGGGUGAACUUGGCCAUGAAUGUUGGCAAGGCCCGAGGCUUCUUCAAGAAGGGAGAUGUGGUCAUUGUGCUGACCGGAUGGCGCCCUGGCUCUGGCUUCACCAACACCAUGCGUGUGGUGCCAGUGCCAUGAAGGGCCCCCAAGAACCCCUCUUCAGUCCCCAUCCUUUCCCCUUCCCCCGAUCCAUCCGUUAGACCAGCAAUGCUUAUAGUGCUCACUUGGGGCUGUAGUGUGGCACUGGUGGGCUGGGACACCAGGGAAGACGAUUAGCGCCUCUAUGAGACAUGGUAGUUUUUAAGACCCUGCUUGGCUGGGGUAGCCCAGAGUUGGGCUGUCUAUCAUGUGGCUCCAACCCAUGAAACAGGCCAGGUUGGGGUGGAGGCUCCAGAGCUGAACACAAAGGGCAAUAGCCCCUGCUCCUUCUCCUUUGUGUACUGUGUUCAGUUCCUAUAGAAAUGGAUUCCCAGAAAACUUCCAACCCUGGCCUGGGGUCAGGAGACAGCCAGCAAGAGAGGGGCCUUCCAGCAUGGGGCAGUGUUCCAGUUUAAGUAGACUGUCCCUGGUCCUUAAUUGCUUCUCCAACACCCCUGCCUUCCCACCUCCCGCCUUGUGCAUAGUGCACUUUGUUCCUGCACUCCACUCAGCUGCAGACAAAUACUCCACUUCCACCUUCCAUUUUCCCUACGGCUGUAGCCUGUUGCUAUAGAGCCUACUUGUAUGUCAAUAAACAACAGCUAAAGCUCCUGUUGCCUCUUUCUGAUUUUUUGG